CAAUCACUGAUUUAAGAGGUGUAUUGAAAGAUCAGCAAUAUUACAGCAAUGAGGUAUCCAAAACUGAUACUGAAAAAGCCAAUAGGGAGCACCUAGCUGGCAACUGUAUUAGUGAUGAUUACAAAGACUGA